UUUCGAUAGCCGGUUCCCGCCAUUUCAAUAGAUCGUUGCGAGUAAGUCAAACAAAAAAUCAAUACAAACGUUACAAAAAGUUAUAACAACAGACUCACAGUUAAAGGCGAGCCAACGAGCGCGUAAAUUCCGUCAGUUUGACAGUUGCUAUGUAGUUGUUUUCGGUUUUCAGUGAUAAGAAAUGUGAAUUGCAUUGCGCAGGCGCGCUCUUAACAUUUUUACUACAAUCCAACGACGUAUACUCGAUGUCGCGUCAGGCAGGGCUGGCUUGCUUGCUAUAAAUUUACAGGAGCAAAGCUUCAGCAGUCGACGUUCGGAACUCGCUGUGCACGGUCUUUUGUGCUUUGUGUGUGCUGCUCAUGUUAAUUCGCGUUGUGCCGCUGCAUGUGCGUGCAUGUGUGUGUGCCAGUAGUGUGUGCGAGUGAGAGAGUGUAUGUGCGUGUCUGUGAAUCAGUGGGAAAAAGAAGAAAUACAUAUGUAACAACCAUACACCACACAUACGAGUAGAAGAAACAUUAGCUUUUAACAAUUGCCCAAAAAAAUACCAAAAUACCCACAAUCAACUAAAUGCAACAGAAAAUUUGCUGCAAAUAACGAUAAUUAGUUUGACAAUAGAGCAAGGGCAGCAAAUAGCUAAAGGAGGAAUAGCGACAACAGCAAUAGCAACAACAACAGCAGCCAGAGACGUCGUCGCCGUCGCUGUCGCAGCGCAGCAAAAUGUGCGAGACGUAAAUCAACUAUAGAGAAGGAGCAACAGCAACAACAACACGAACAAGAACAACAGAAACUAAUAGUUGGCUUCAUUGUUCAUGUGGUAGAAAAACGGAAGCGGAAGCGGCGCGCUAACUCGUAAAAUGCAUUUACACUUUGAACGCAACAUCAACACAAAAUGCGACUGCACAAUACUAUCGUUGUCCUGGAUGGGAAAGGUGCCAGAUGAUAUACCCGAGGAUGAGGGCUGGAAGCUGAAUCGCACGAACUACUAUCAGGAGGGAUGGCUGGCCACAGGCAAUAUACGCGGUAUUGUGGGCGUCACAUUCACCACAUCGCACUGCCGCAAGAACAUGGACUAUCCGCUGCGCACCAACUACAAUCUGCGUGGCCAUCGCUCCGACGUCAUAUUGGUCAAGUGGAAUGAACCGUAUCAGAAGCUGGCCUCUUGUGACAGCUCGGGUAUCAUCUUUGUGUGGAUCAAAUACGAAGGUCGUUGGUCCAUUGAACUGAUCAAUGAUCGCAAUACGCCGGUCACUCACUUCUCCUGGUCGCACGAUGGACGCAUGGCGCUCAUUUGCUAUCAGGAUGGCUUUGUGCUCGUCGGCUCGGUGGCGGGUCAACGCUAUUGGUCGUCCAUGUUGAAUCUGGAGUCGACGAUCACGUGUGGCAUUUGGACGCCGGAUGAUCAGCAGGUUUACUUUGGCACCACGCAGGGUCAGGUGAUUGUGAUGGAUGUGCACGGUGCGAUGGUGUCGCAGGUGCAGCUAUCGAACGAUGUGCCCAUCACAUCUAUGGCCUGGUCCUGCGAGAAGUUCAAGAUGGAGGAGGGCGAAGAAGCGGAGCCCGGUGUAACAAAUGCUGCCAAGCGCUCGUUUGUGCUGGCGGUUAGCUUCCAGAAUGGAUAUAUCUAUUUGCUUAAGUCGUUUGACGACGUCUCACCCGCACAUAUCAAUACCUGCCUUAAUGGCGCCCUCGGCAUGGUCAUGGAGUGGAGCAACUCACGUGAACUGCUCGCCGUUGCCGGCACUCUGCGCUCUUCAACUGGACUGGGCAUGGAUGGCAAGCUGGAGGAUCUGGCCACGCCCAGCUGCUAUAAUAAUCUGGUCAAGUUCUACACGGAGACGGGGACAUGUCUGUAUCAAGCGCACAUUCCCUGCACCACAGCCACAGUCUCGGCCAUCACGUGGGGCCACAACGACAAGCGUCUGUUCAUUGCCACAGGCACCCAGGUGCACAUUGCCUGGGUGUCCCGACGUGUGGCAUCUCUGCAGCUGCUGUGUCGUCUGCAGAUCCAGGCGAGCGUGGGCUCCGAGUUGCUACUGCCGCUGUUGCCAUUGCCUUCUAGGAUUAAGUCGCUCAUUGGCAAUCUGUUUGCUCAAACCAUUCGAUGCUGUGUACCUGAUCUGAAGUCGCUGCGCGAGUUUGUCUCGCGUCCGCCGCUCUGCUCGACUCGGUUGCACUGCACCAUGAUACGGCAUGACGACGACUCUAAUCUUAGUUCGGGCACCUGCUACACACUCUAUUUGGAGUAUUUGGGUGGUUUGGUGCCGCUGCUUAAGGGCAAACGCACUUCGAAGAUACGUCCCGAGUUUGUCAUCUUUGAUCCCCAGGUUAACGACAAUUCGCUGUAUUUCCAAUACGCUGCCGAGGCAAAGAGUUCAUCGGGCUCCAGUCAAUCCACGACAACGGGCAACAGCGGGCGCACAGACUCCUCGGACAGUGAUUUCGAUGAGCGCUCUCGCUUCGGUUCGCCUCGGACUCCGCGAAAGCGUCGCGUGCGUGCCAAGCGACGCAAUCAGAACGGGGAACGUGCGGCCAGCGGAAGUGGAGGGAAUGAUCCGGAUAGUCUCGAUGAGCUGGCCUAUGUGGAUACGCUGCCCGAGCAGGAAGUCAAGCUGGUGGAGGUGACCUCCAAUAUUUGGGGGACGAAAUUCAAAAUCCAUGGACUUGCCAAAACCGUCCCAGCCAAUUUAGGCCAAGUAACUUAUAAGACGUCCCUACUGCAUUUGCAGCCGCGUCAAAUGACGCUGGUCAUCACGGAGCUGCGCGACGAUUUUCCACCUGGUCCCGAUCCCAGCUUCAAUCCCAAUCUCUUUUCCGAGGACGAAGAGGAGCAUCACAACUACAACAAUCACAGUCACAAUGCCGCCGACGCUGCUCUGCCCCAUGUUAGCGUCACAAACGCCGCGUCCGUGGAAGCAAUGGCGGCUGCCUUGAAGCCCCCGAUAAUGCCACAACGUCGUCUAAACGAAGGUGCCUCAGCGCCGCCCAUUGCACCAAUGUCGCCGCGUCCCAAUCGCAUUCUGGCGCGUCACAGAAACUCGCAUUCCCUGACGGUGAAUGGCGGCAAUGGAGCGUCGUCGGUAGGUCUUAGUCCGUUGGCGCGUGCCGAGAGCUAUGACGAUGACUCGUCCAACGAAUCUCAGGAGGCGGCGGCCAAUGCCAAUGCCAACGCCAAUGGCAGUACUUCCACCACAGUGCUGCUUCAUCAGGCGCCCGCCAGCUGCUCAUCGAGUUCGGGUCCCAGCUGUAGCAAGAACAUCACACGACCCAAGACGAUUAGCAGCUUUAAGAACAGCUACAGCCGGUCCAGCUCGAAUUCCAGCUGCCAGUCGCGUCAUGCCAUCUCGCCGCUAUACUGCGAUGGCUCUGUGCCCACGCUUCAGUCGCCCAAGAAUGCGGUUGCGCCCUCGGAUAUCAUUUUUGAGCGUCCCGCGGUGCCAGCGGCAGGACAGACGACGCUGAUGUCGUACUCGAGCAAUGCGGACUACGCCAACAAUGUGGUGCAGGUGAAGAAUGCGCUGAUGUCGGAGCCGGUGCGUUCGGCCAACAGUCAUGUGAAUCCGGUGCCGCUGAAUCUCAAUUUGAAUCUGGAGCGCAUGGAUGCGCGUGCGGUGAAAUGCGCGGCGCCUUCGACGUCGUCCACAACGACAAAGCGACGCGACAUGUUGUACAUCGACGAGGAGACGCAGUCGCCAACACCCACCACGAGUAAUAGCAACAGCAACAGCACCGCCACCUCAACAGCCACCACGAGCAGCAGCAUGAAACGCACUCCAACCGUUGUAUCCAUAGCGCCAGCGGUGCCUGAUUCCAUAACGCGCAGCUGUAGCGUUGGCUACCUCGACUCGGUGGCCAUAACACCGUCGGAUGAAGCGCUGUCGGCGCUGCGCAAGGAUGCGCCCAACAAGCGUCUCAUUUUGGUGGACAAGCGACGCAAUCGCAAUCGUAAGCGACAACAGCAGGCAGAUGCGCGGCGGCACAAGCUGCAGCAGACGGGGAAAUCGAAGAGUCUGGACUCGUGUGAUCUACUGUCACUGCAAACGAAACUGUCCAGCAAGGAGCACGAGCAGGUGGUGCGGAAACUGCAGGAGAUCUCUGACAGCAGCGCCUGCAGCAGCGCAGCCAAUACGCUUUGUUUCAAGUGCCGCAACAACAUGAAUCCGGCCAGCGCCUGUAAACGCUGUCAGCCCGCUGCCAAUGGGGCGCUGGACGAGAUCACCACUGCCGCCGCUGCUGUUGUCGUUGCUGCUGCUGCCGCUGUGGCGUCUGAGCCUGCCAAGGAGGCAGCCGCUCCUGCUGCCGCGGUGCAGAGUAAACCGACGCCCAAGAAACGCUUCGAUGUGAUCACUAGCUUUACGGACAGUCCGCUCUUCACGCGCAAACAUCGCUUUGGCUAUGGACGCAGUAAGGAGCUGGCUGCUGGCAGCAGCACCGAGACGUCGACUCCGUUGCUGCCGCGCAAGCAGGAGAAUAGCUUUAGCUUUGUGAAGCAGCUUUCCGAGGUGCGUUGGCGACGCAAAGAUCCAGCGCAAAGCCAAAGCCAACUGCCUGGAGCAAGCAAUGCCAGCACACUGGAACGUCAGCCAUCGACGGAGACGGGCAACGUGGCGUGUGGCACAGUGGAAGCCACGCCCGUGGAAGCCAAGGCAUCAGUGUCCUUGCACACUCAGGCUUUGACUACGCUGGAGAACAUCAUCAGUCGUUUGCGUGAUUUGGAUGAAGGACGAUUGACGCCGCCAUCGACGCCACAGCGCAUGCCACGCAGUUCGCCCGCCUCGCCUGCGGCCAGCAAGAAGAACAAGCGACAGCAGAGCAACUCACCCAUUAGGCAUAUACUCAACUCGCCGCUGCUGAAUCGCAGGCAACGCAAGAAGCCCAGCAUCAUUGAGAGCUCCGAUGAUGAGGGCAAUCAGACGAAUGGCUCGGGCGAGGAAAUGGGCAGCAAUGGCAAUGGCAAGCAGUAUCGAGAUCUGGAAACGUUCCAAAAGGCGCAGCUGCGUCAGAAGCUCAAACGUGGCAAGAUCGAGCCGAAUGGCAGCGCCAGUUGCGCCAAUCCGGCGCCAGUGCGUCGAGAGUUUGUGAUGCACAACAAGGCGCCAAUGUGGAACGAGAUGAGCCAAGUGUAUCAGCUGGACUUUGGCGGACGCGUCACUCAGGAAUCCGCCAAGAACUUUCAGAUAGAAUUUCGCGGCAAGCAGGUGAUGCAGUUUGGACGCAUUGAUGGAAAUGCAUACACCUUGGAUUUCCAGUAUCCCUUCUCGGCGCUUCAGGCGUUUGCCGUGGCGCUGGCCAAUGUUACUCAGCGUCUUAAAUAAAAUUGGAUAUGAAUGAUAUUGCUGUUUCUGUCUGCUAACACGUAUUAAAUAGUAUUUACUACAUACCUUGCAACAUGCCACUUGCAACAUGCAACUUGCAACUUAACACGCCGAAAGUUAACGCCGCAGCAAUUUGCUUUAAAGUGCAUACAUAUUUUUUAUACAACAAAAACAAAAACUAAGGCGCCUUGCUGUUUUUAAUUUGUAAAUAUGUACUUAUUGUAUUGUAUUGUGUAUUAUGUAUGAUCUUUAGGUUUCUGAAUGGGUACCGCAAACAAAUAUAUAUAUAUACACUAUAUAUAUAUUUAAAUUAUGUAUAAUGAUAUGAACACAUACCACCACCACUUGAUUGAAGGUUUAGCAAUUUGAUAUUGGUGUGCAAAACUCACAGUCCGAUCCAUUUUUUGUGCAAUAUUUGUAUGACAAACUUUUUGGAUUAAGUAAAUAACGAUUGUAAAUGUUAAGAGCAUUAAAACGAUGUACGUAUUAUACACAUUGUACUUAGUGACAUGUCUGUACGAAUAUAUACGAGUAUACAUACUAUAUAUGUAUGUAUAUGGUGUAAUUAUCUGAUUAAUCAGUCGAUUUUUAAACUAGUUUGUACAACAGCAGCCUUUUUUGCAUAGAGCUUCGAUUUGUUUUUCUCGACUUUAGUGCAAUACGAUGAUGAUAUAAUGAUAAUGAUGAUUCCUUUCGUUAUACAUUUUAGCUAAUAAGCAAAGCAAAAGAAACAUAAUUUAUAUACUACAUUCAUAUGUACUUAUUAUCGGCAAAUCGCUUUAAACAAAAAAACAAAAACAAACUGCUUGGGCUAACAUUAAAAGAAAUUGAAUGUUUGUACGAGUACAUAAUACUAGCAUAUUUUUUAUAUAUUAUAAUCUAAUUGUGAAUGUUAAAUACACAAACACACACCCCCAAGACAAACACACACACGCAUACACUAAAGAUAUAAGAAAAAUUUGUGCUUUUCCUCUUACUCACUUUUUGUAGUUAGGCUUAAUUUCAAAGAAAAUUCGUUAUUGUAAUUGUUGUGAAUAUUGAAAUAAACUCGAAACUCAAAAAACUCGAAUCGUAAACGAUUUAAGCGUGCAAAAAACAAUUAAAUAAACAAACAUAUUGUAUG